UCCGUCACGUAGCUUACUGCCACGAGUUCACUUGAGUCUGCCACUUCGGUGUUAGGCGUUAAGAGUAGUGGGCGAGAUGUUUUCUGUGCUUUCUGGUUUUCUGUAUCUGCAGCUCAGUAGCCUUCUGGUGGGUUACGUGCGCGCCCAGGAGCCGACGGAUGAAGUGAAGAUCGAAGUGUUAUACUUGCCAGAAGACUGUCCGCAAAAGACCAAAAAGGGAGACAUGGUGAACGCGCAUUACGACGGCUUUUUGGCGAAGGAUGGCGCCAAGUUUUACUGCAGUCGUGCAGACGAUAAAGGACACCCCAAGUGGUUUGUGCUCGGCGUCGGCCAAGUCAUUAAAGGCCUGGACAUUGGAAUGAUAGGCAUGUGUCAGGGUGAAAAGAGGAAAGUGACCAUCCCUCCUUCGCUCGGAUUUGGAAAGCAAGGAAAAGACAAUGUGCCACCUGAUGCCACUUUGAUAUUUGAGAUUGAGCUCUACACAAUAGCCAGAGGUCCCCGCAGCAUGGAAGCCUUCCGUGAAAUUGACCUAGACGACGACCGGAACCUGUCACGGGACGAGAUCCGAGCCUACAUGAAGAGGGAGUUUGAAAAAGGGGGCAAGCCACGGGAGCAGAGUUUCUAUGACGUCAUCGUUUCAGAUGUGUUUCAGAAGAAUGACCACAACAGAGACGGCAUCAUAUCAGCAAAGGAGUACAACGUGUACGAUCACGACGAGCUGUAGGGCGCCGAUGGGGACUGUGCGAGAAUGUGAAUGCGUUUGGGACGCCUGGGCGUACCUUUAUAGGGAUAUUUUAUACAAAAUAAAAAACCACUAGAAAACCGA